AGCGGCAGUUAGACAAUAGAGCGAUUUUUUGCAAAUCUAGGUUUGUUUGCAUAUCUAGUUUUGUGUUUCUAUAGUUACUAAUGCUUUAAGAUGAAAAAAUGUACCUAUACCGAAAGGUAUUCUCUAUGGGUAUUUAAAAAUACCUCUUUCUUUAAACACUUGGAAUCUGUUUUAAAAGCUACAUUGUUUCUAUUAUAUGGAUGUUACAAGGAACAAGAGCUGACAUCUGAAAUUGUUGCGGCGUCUCAAUCCUUCUUCGUUUCCUUGAAUGAUUAUAUUUGGUUGAUUAGCUCCUCAAAAUUGGGUUCGAAGUAUAAUAAAUUCAACCAACAACACGUUCAAGAGCUUGCAAAAUAUCAAGGCGUCGAAAACAUAUUCAACGAAGAACAUCAUGUCAGCCAUAGCGAACUAAUAAACAGCGAAGUAAAGAGAGUCUCAGAUGAACUAGAUGAUUGGAUAAAUAGCAUACCAUCCGAAAUCAAGCAAACACUCUAUACCAUCUAUAAGCGGCUUCCCUUAACUUAUUUCAAGAAUCAAAAAAUUCAUCUAUUGCUGACUAUGUUCAACCAUAUUGAAUUUGUGCUAGAGCUAAUUUCAUGCGAUAUUCAGGAACGAGCAAGUAAAAUGCAAAUGUUAUUAUCUAGGCCUACACUAUUGAACCUCGUAACAAAAAUAAGAGGUGGAACCAUUUUUAGUGUGGAAUUCAUCAAAGCUGUAUUACGCCUGAGGCUGUUGAUACUGAACUUUGGAAAUAUUUUAAGUUAUCAAGCAUUCCCGCCUUUUCAAGAGUUAUACGCUUCCACUUGUCCCUCAGAAACUAGACGAAAGGCAACGACUGCUAAGGAAAAUAAAAUAACUUCAAGGAUUAGAUAUACGCUCGAUGACGUAUAUAAAGUAAGGGGUUACAAAUGCUUUAGUAGACCAAUUAAGUUUCUGAUUUUAGGAGAGUUUUUGUGGAUCAUACGCCCUCUGGUUUAUCUUUGGCUGAUGUAUAAAAAAGGUAGCUUCUCUUGGAGACCUUGGCUCACUGCGCUGGCGAUUGAUAUUCUGUCUUUGUAUUGCUCAAAUGGGUUGAAACUGUCCGAUGAUGAAUACCGAGAAAUAGAAAGAAGGAAAAAAAACUUAUUAUAUUAUCUACUCAGGUCCCCGAUGUACGAAUACCUUAAAAAGAAGAUUUUGCCAAUAACAUCGACUCUAUAUCAAAAGAUCUCUUAUUCUAGUAUUUCGAAAGUAAUGAUAGAUUGGUUAUUGGAAUUGCUAAACCUUUACAGAACGCGAUACUUUUGUAUCGCCGGCUCAUCCUCACCUUAGAAUAAGGUUCAACUAUUCCUGAAAAAAGGACUUGGUUAUUUUUCAACAAAGAAUAGAGGCAUUUAACUGUAUUUGUUGUUCAAAAGAUCAAAAAGCGUCGCCUUUGUUCUAUUAAUACAGUAACCUAGCAUUUGAAACUUUUUCGUGUUCGGAAGUGAAGCUGAAUGAAGUCAAGCAAAACAACAAUUACAUGCAAUGCAUCAAAAGUAUACUAAUAACGCAGUACUAAUUAUAAUUUAGCAGUGCUAGCUAGAGAUGUAUAGUCGAAGCAAAUAAAAAAUAUACAGCUGAU